AUGCUAACAGCCGUCAAGCUCGGCCGCGAAGCAUACUCCAUCUACACCGACCACAAAACCCACCAACAAUACAAACACACCCACCGCCCGCAGUACCCUCUGCACAACGUCCCUCUCUCCCCUACCGGCGGCUUCGCAAAACACUUUGAGACCCCCAAGCACGACCGACACCCCCAAACACCGCGCAACCACUACUACCACCACCGCGACCGCGACACUACCACCACCACAACAACACCCGACAAACGCGCCACGAUGAUGACCCUCAACCAACUCUCGGGCUACUCGCACCACGGCGGGCUGCCGGGCCUCCUCGCCCGCGUCUUCCUGCGCUUCCUGCAAUUCGUGCUCGCCCUCACCGUGUGCGGGCUCUACGGCGUCGACCUCGACGCGGCGCGCAAGGCGGGCGCGUACGCCGACAGCAAGUGGGUGUACGCCGAGGUGGUCGCGGGCUUCGCGGCCGUCACGUGCCUCGUGUAUUUCCUGCCCAUGGUCAAGAGCCUGUUCUUCUUCGCGUGGGACUGGGUGCUGUUUAUCCUGUGGGUCGUCGUGUUCGGGAUUUUCGGCCGCAUGUACAUCAAUGAGGCGCCUGAGUACGAUGCCGGUAUCCGCCGCAUGAAGCAUGCGGUGUGGGUCGAUCUGACGAAUAUGCUGUUGUGGUUUAUUACCGCGACGUAUGGCACGGUUAUGUGGUGGAUGAACAGGGGUGGUUUGAGUAUGAGGAAGAGUGUGGUUUAG